AUGGCGGCGGCUUGCGGGAGGGAGGAGGCGGCAGCAGCAGGAGGCGGCGGCACGGGCGCGAGGGGGGAGGCGCAGGUGCGGCGGCAGGAGGUGGUGGCGCAGGCGCAGGCAGGAGGCGCGGCGGGGAACGGGCGGCAUGGGGCACGGGAGGAGGUGCGGGCGCGGCAGGAGGUGGAGCGGAAGCGGUUGUACGAGGCGGAGGCGGUGCGGAGAGGGAGUAGCGCGGCGGCCGCGGGGUGCAGCGGGGGGCGGGUUGCGGCGGCGGCGGCACGCGGGGGAGGGUGCCGCGGCGGCGGCGGCGGUGGCGAACCCUAG